AUGAAGGCUACAUUCUUCACCGCAGGCCUUGUUGGGCUUACUGCAGCUCUUCCUCAAGCUUCAAUCCAGGAGUCCUCCAGCAUUGUCGCUCAGACUUCUACCACCUCCAUCGCCUCAUUGCAGGAUGUUCCUCAAGCCACCAGCCUUGCCCAGGCUGCUGCUGUGAACGUCACCCUCGCAGUUGAAGUCCCCGCCGAGGUCCUUGACACCACUUCCUUGAAGUCAAACAGCCCAGCUAUCCUCACCACCAACCCUACGGAGAGCGAGGAAUACCUCUCCCUUGCAGACUUCCUCGCCCCCGAUCUUUCCAUGGACGACAUUCCUGCUGUUUCUGUGUCCAAGAGAGACCUCUCGGCGCUCUUUGGCCAUUCCGUCUCCAGGGGUCCCUUUGUGAACUUCCUCAAGGUCCAGAAGGUCAUUGUCUUCUGGACCUGCCCAGAGUGGAUCCAUCCCGUCCCAAACACCUUCCCUGGCUGGAGAAACUACAAGUCCAAUGGAGUUAACCUUGGCGGCUGGCACGUUCUUGAGAAGAACAUUCAGCCCAGCUUCUUCAAUGAUAACGCACCUAGCGCCAUCGAUGAGGACAGUUUCUGUGAGACUCUUGGCUUGGCAAAGUGUGGUGCUCUUCUUGAGGAGCGUUACAAGACCUACAUUACCGAAAAGGACAUCGACAACUUCGCCAGCUACGGUAUCAACACUCUCCGCAUUCCCAUCGGUUACUGGGCCUACAUGCCCGCCAUUGCUGGUGACCAUUACUACACUGGUGGUCAGAAGCUUGCUAUGCAGAAGAUUGCUCGUUAUGCUAUCGCCAAGCACAACAUGCACGUUGUUGUUGACUUGCACGGCCUUCCCGGCGGUCAGAACGGUCUCGACAACCAAGGCAAAACUGGUCAGCUCACCUGGUGGAACAACCAGACUGCUUUCGAUCUUUCCCUCGAGAUGGUCCGUAAAGCUACUGACGACAUCUUGGCACAACCUCACAGCGGUAGUUACACCAUCUCGCUGAUCAACGAGCCUCUUCCUGCCCUCUACUUCUUCGGUCAGACCAAGGACUCCAUCGCCUACCUGAACAAGUACUACGCCGCUGCUCUCAAGGAAGUUCGUCAGAGAUCCAAGACCCUCCCCGUAGCUAUUGCAGACGGUUUCAUUGGCCCCCAAACUUGGGACCCUUACUGGACCAACGUUGACGACCACCUCGUCAUCGACACUCACCUCUACUUCUUCGUCGGCGGAUCUUACUCCUACGAUGCUGCCUAUGGUGCAUGCUACCUCGCCAAGUCUUACCAGAACGCCAGCAACCCUACCUUCAUUGGUGAAUGGUCGAUCCAGGCUACCAACUUCAACCACCUUGGUGACAACACCCGUAGAGAUUUCUAUCGCAGUCAGCUCCAAGCAUACUCCCAGUACCUACAAGGUGGUAUGUUCUGGAACGGCAAGCACGACGGCGACACUGUCGUCGGCGACGAUGGUUCCGCUCAGAAGUACUACUGGUCUUGGGAGAUCCUGGCUUCGGAAGGCAUCGUUCCCCGUCCUGGCGACAAGCUCGAGUCUCUCUGCUAA